UCGUUGCAGAGUGCCGCUCUGACCGUGUGGGUGCAGUGCAGCCGAGAAGGCUCCAGAUCUGUGAACGAGUCUGUUGAGGUUUUGGUCGAAAACGUGAACGAUAACCCUCCAAACUUUGCACAGAGCCACUUCGUGCUGGACGUGAAUGAGCUCACGCCGGUCAACUCCAGCGUGGGACUGAUCGAAGCGUCAGACGUUGAUUCGGAGCCGCUGUUUUAUCGCUUGGAGCCUGCAACGGAUAAAUAUUUCCGCCUGGAGAACGUCAACACUCCAAAGAUAGUUGUGAAAAGCGUCCUGGACUACGACGUCGUUCAGAAGAUCUCGCUGGUUUUACACGUGCAGGACACGCUCGAAGGUUCGACCUCCAACGAGCCCUUCUUCACGUCCGUGGCCACCAUCACGGUGCAGGUGAAGGACAUCGAUAAUCGGCCUCCGUGGUUUCAGCCUUGUUUGAGGACCAAUUUGGGGAUCGCCAAACUGUGUGUGAGCAGCGGCUACAGAGGCAAAGUCAACCUGACCGAGAAGGAGGUGAGCCGCUCCAUUUGUUUCGACACACGCAAGCGGCCUUACCGUGUUGGCGAAGGCUUGAAGGAACACCUGCAGACACUACCCAGGGAUUAGAACGUAUUUCCAGCUCGUCUUCAUUCG